AUUUGUCUUUCUGUCUCAGUUGGAUCAGAUUUUAAAUCUGAAGGCUCAAAGGCAAGGCGAUUACUUUGUUAAAGCGCAUGCUCUGUCUCGUGCAACGAUUCAGCCAAUCCUGUGCGAGCGACAGCAUACUUCAUUUGCAUCAGCCUUUACAUAAAAUGCGUUCAGAGCCUGAGCUUAUUAUCAGUUUCAGUAAAACGACUCUGAAGCAAACAUGCCUGACGCACCUAAAGCACCGAAGAAGGGCUCCAAGAAAGCCGUCUCUAAGGCCACCAAGACCGGCAAGAAGAGGAGACGUACCAGGAAGGAGAGCUAUGCUAUCUACGUGUACAAGGUUCUGAAGCAGGUCCACCCCGAUACCGGGAUCUCCUCCAAGGCUAUGGGCAUCAUGAACUCCUUCGUGAGCGACAUCUUUGAGCGCAUCGCCGGAGAGGCCUCUCGUCUGGCUCACUACAACAAGCGCUCUACCAUCACGUCCAGGGAGAUCCAGACCGCUGUCCGCCUCCUGCUGCCCGGUGAGCUGGCCAAGCACGCCGUGUCUGAGGGAACCAAGGCCGUCACCAAGUACACCAGCUCCAAAUAAAUUCGCUGUUUACAACACAAAGGUCCUUUUCAGGACCACCCACCACUUCAACUAAGAGCUAUAUUCUCGUUGCGUUGGAAUUGAGACAUAGUGUAUGUACUAACACUAUCUCUGACACAAUAGCCGUGUGUGUCAAACACCAUCUACUCUUCAUUCCCGCACAUUUUCCCCUUUCAUCUUGUGGGAACCAGACUUU